AUGGACAACAAGACUAGCGGUUUAAAACGAGUGAAUGAUUCACCCACUGAAAUCAAGCGACAGAGAACCAAGUUGAACGGAGCACCGCGUAUACCUGUUCGAACCACAAUAGCCAGUCGAUAUAAAAAAGUCUCACCUUCUUCUGCACCUUCUACUAGCUUGACAAAGAAACCUCCUGUGCCCAAAAGAAUCAGCAGAUCUUCUAAAGUGGCAGACACAGAAACACUAAAGGGCUCUGAUACGGCACCAAAAGUACAAGCUUCGGUGUCAACAACUACUGAAAUGGGACGUAGCACGGGUCCAGUAAAGAAACUCUCGUUGGGUUCGAAUACAACGACAACAAAUCCUAGUACUUUAACAACAUCACUGUCCAGCACACCCGCAUUGGGUCCCAACAUACCUGCAAAGAAGCUUUCUUUGGGCUCCAAUGCACCUGCAAAGAAGCUUUCAUUGGGUUCCAAUGUACCUGCAAAGAAGUUAUCAUUAGGUUCCAGUACACCCUUAAAGAAACUCUCUUUGGGGUCUAACAUGACGCCCAUAAGAAAGAAACUGUCGCUAGGUUCUGCUACAACAACAAAAAAACUAUCAUUAAAUGGAAAUUCCACCAAAAGCACCCCGUUACGACCUUCACUUGGAAGCUCACGAUUCUCUAAUGUGGAUAAAACGGCAGUGAAACGACCAGCUGCUACUAUCACACACGGUGUAACAAAAAAACAGCCUGUGAGGAUGCCUAAAUUCCCUGGAGAUAUCAAAGGAAAAUUGAAUUAUCUUCAAUCACAGCUUGAACUGACUGGAGAGCAAGUUCUUGAAAUCGAAAAGGUACACGAUUCUUUACAGUCUACAGUCAAGUCAAAAAUGACAUUAUUAGAAGUUGCACAACAGAAGGUCCAGGAUUUAGAAACAGCGUUAGCCAAUACGAAAGAACGAUGUGAGCAAGAGACCCAAAAGAUUAAAGAAAAAUACAUGAUCAAGAACAAGGAUUUAAUUCAACAAAAUGCGAUAAAUCAAAUUAAAUACUCAUCAUUGGAAAAAGAGCGUGACAGUAUGCAAACAGAAGUGAAGUCUAUCGUGGAGUCAAAAAACGAUGCCGAUCUUGAAAAUGAAGUGCUCAAGAAAAGCUUGGAAACGGCAACAAAGUCGUAUGCUGAAGUAGGCGCCAACUUGCAUGACUGGCAAAUGAAAUUGAAGAGUGCGGAUUCUGCUUUAAAUGAACAUGAUGAUCUUGUAAAGAGCUUGUCCAUGGAAUAUGACACUACAGAAAACUCAGUGGAAGGCCUGGAAAAGGCAUUAUUCGGUCAAGAGAAGCUCCGUCGAAAGCUUCACAACAAAAUCCAAGAUUUGAAGGGUAACAUUCGAGUCUUUUGCCGAGUUCGACAAGUGAGUCAAGCAGAGGAUGAAUUGACAAAGAUCCGAUACUUUGGCGAGGAUAAAGAAAAGAUGGAAUUAUCGGAACAAGUGUCAACAGCGCUUGGAAGGACCUCUAACAAAUCACACUCAUUUUCAUUUGAUCGUGUAUUUUCGCCUACUGCCACCCAACAGGAUUGCUUUGUGGAGAUUUCACAGUUAGUACAGUCUGCUUUGGAUGGAUUCAACGUCUGCAUCUUUGCUUACGGACAAACGGGUAGUGGCAAGACGUAUACGAUGGAGGGGCCUCCUGAUAUUACAGAAGAGACAGUGGGUAUGAUUCCUCGUGCUGUACAACAAAUCUACGAUGUUGCACAAAAGUUGAAGCGUGUAGGAUGGGAGUACACGAUGGAAGGACAGUUUUUAGAGAUCUACAACAAGACGAUUCAUGAUUUAUUAGGGGAUGCCACGAAAUAUGGCCAGAUCAAGCAUGAAAUUCAUCAUGAUGCGAAAGGGAAUACGACGGUCAGUGAGAUGAGUACAGUCAAAUUAGAAUCACCGUCCCAAGUGAAACAAAUGUUGAAGAAGGCAAGUCAGAAUCGUGCGACAGGAGCCACCAAGAUGAAUGAACGAUCCUCCCGAAGUCACAGUGUGUUUACCUUGAAAUUGACAGGGCAUAAUACAUUGACCGGUGAACACACUGCGGGUAUUUUAAAUUUGAUUGAUUUGGCUGGUUCCGAACGAUUAUCUUCAUCAGGUUCAGAGGGUGAUCGACUGGCAGAAACCAAAUCCAUCAAUCAAAGUUUAAGUUGUUUGGGUGAUGUCAUUCAUGCGUUGGUGAAUAAUAAGGAAGGUGGGCAUAUCCCUUAUCGAAACUCUAAAUUAACUUGGUUACUUCGUAAUUCUUUGGGUGGAAACUGUAAGACAUUGAUGUUUGUCAACGUAUCGCCCAAACUGGAACACUUUGACGAAUCAAUUUCUUCUUUACGUUUUGCAACUAAGGUUAAUUCUUGCAAAGUUGGCAUCAUCAAGAAAUCAUAA